AACGCUACUGUCUUCUAUCAAAAUAAAACACACACAGCUACACACAGUGAAGCAAAGAAAACACGUUGUGUUUCGGAUAAACACCGGUACCUGAUUCCGGAGCAUCAAAAGCGGAAAAAUUCUAUUAACUUGAGCUAAAAAGUGUUUUAUUACAGUAAAAAGAUUCACACAAUCGUCAGAGAAAAUGCUUUGCCCCGAAGUGUGGAAGUUCCCGACGCCGUCCUAUAUCGUCGAACGAAUCGUCAGUCCAACCACCUGGACCAAGCUGAAAAAGACGCACAGAAUACGGAAGGAAAUCAAAGCUCAGCAGCUGAAUCGUAGGGUUGCGCUGGUGAUUCCUGCCAACGAACCGCAAUUCAUGCAGAGCUUGGAAGACGAUUUUUCUGGCCGCAGAUUGUACGCUUUACCGCGUGAAACAUUUCCCUGUGAUGGAGAUGCUGAAACGGGAGUUUGUGGAGGCAUUCGUAAAGCGUGGCAAACUGUAUGGGAAUUAGCACAACCGCGAACAUGGAAACGGAAGACUGUGUGGCCAUUACUCCAUCGGGCGAAUUGAUCAUGAGCUUACAGCGCGAAACGCUCGAGAGGCUGGAAGGCAAUUUCAGCAUCAGUGUACGAUCGCCCAAAGGAGACAAAAGUGUCAUCAAAAUUGAUUUGAAAUCGGCUAAUGCGAAAACCCAGAUAAAAAAUACUACACUCGCAGUUGACCUAACGCUCCGGUGGAUUCCUCCUGGUAACGAAUACAGCAACGGAAAAGUCAGUGCUUGCUCGAUUGCAAAAUAUUUACGCGAGCAUUGUCAACUUUUGGUUGAAAAUGUGCCCGCCGGCUGUAGGAAAAUUGUGCGUACGGAUGAACCCGUCCCCCGAAUGAACUCGGCCAACCUAUUUGCGGAGGAUAGGCGACAGACGUUAGGUACCCACGAUGAACUGCUGGAGUACAUUGGCAUGAUUGCGCUCGAUUGCCAGACAAAGCCCACUGAGUAUCUUAGCAGCUACAGGCUGGACGACGCGGAUCGAGACACUGAAACAAUGUCCAUCUUUCACGGUCACGGGAUGAUAACGACGGAUGAGAUCGAACGCCUGAUCCUGCGCGUAACAACGUUAUUGAGCGAAUCUAUGACCAUUCCGUGGGUAGGGUUGCACGUUCAAGGCUUUUCUAAUUUGCCGUUAUCGAGCGCGAUUCGAGGUGAUUGUGGUAUCUAUUCGAAUUACGAUAGAGGUUACACGAUGAUAAUCACCAACCUGAAUCUGCUUUUUAGUAAAUGCUUUGGAUGUCAUAUGUGAGAUAAAAUAAGUUGAUGCAACAAAAAAAGGAUUGUUUGAAUGAUUUCAUCGAAAGUUCCCUUACCCGUGGAUACUAAUAAUAAACCAUCGGUUGGUGCCUACUAACAUGGUCAGGACUCGAAUCUGUUCCAAGGGUUCGCCUACAGUAGCAUUCGACCUCCAACAAA